AGUUGAGUGUGUGAACUGUGCGGAGGUGAAGAAGAGGAGGAUGAAGCUGGGAGCGGAGGAUGGGAGGAAGAGUGGAGUGAGACAGACAGGCUGGCUAUCAAGGGCUGAGUGUGCAUGCCUGCAAGUGUGAAUGCGUGAGUGAGUGGGGUAAAGAGAGUGAGUUCGUUACCGGACUUGAACAAAACGAAGACACAUUUUCAUCCCUCUACAACAUUGUAACGGAAACUUUAAACUUUUACCCGCCGCAGCUUAGCUACAGUGCCGGGUCCUGGCUUUUGUUUAGCGGCGGGGGUGGACGAGAAUAAAGGCAGGAAUUAAACUGUUUCGGAUCGGCAUUUUUUUCACGCAAGAGGGGAAUCCCUUGGCCAGUCUAUAUCAAGUCGAGAAACAAGAGAAUGGCGGCCAAUAUGUACAGAGUCGGAGAUUACGUGUACUUUGAGAACUCCUCCAGCAACCCUUACCUGAUCCGAAGGAUAGAAGAGCUCAACAAGACAGCCAAUGGGAACGUGGAAGCCAAGGUGGUGUGCCUCUUCAGGCGGAGGGACAUUUCGGGUAAUCUGAACACUCUGGCAGACAGCAAUGCAAGAGACUUUGAAGAGGAGUCCAAACAGCCUUCCAUAUCGGAACAGCAGAAGCACCAGCUAAAGCACAGAGAACUCUUCCUUUCCCGGCAGUUUGAGUCACUACCGGCUACGCACAUACGGGGUAAAUGCAACGUCACUCUCCUCAACGAGACCGAUGUCCUGGUGACCUACCUGGAGAAAGAGGAUUGCUUCUUCUAUUCGCUGGUGUUUGACCCGGUCCAAAAAACGCUGCUGGCGGACCAGGGAGAGAUCCGAGUCGGCUCCAAGUACCAGGCGGAGAUUCCCGACAAGCUGGCGGAAGGGGAAUCGGACAGCCGGGUGCAGGAGAAGCUGGAGACGAAAGUGUGGGACCCGGACAACCAGCUGAAAGACCCUCAAAUCGACCAGUUCCUGGUGGUGGCACGGGCUGUGGGGACGUUUGCCCGUGCUCUGGACUGCAGCAGCUCCAUCCGCCAACCCAGCCUCCACAUGAGCGCUGCGGCCGCCUCCAGAGACAUCACACUGUUCCACGCCAUGGACACGCUGCAGAAGAACGGGUAUGACCUGGCGCGCGCCAUGGCUACGCUGGUGCCGCAGGGCGGGCCGGUGCUGUGCCGGGACGAGAUGGAGGAGUGGAGCGCCUCGGAGGCCAUGCUGUUCGAGGAGGCGCUGGAGAAGUACGGCAAGGACUUCAACGACAUCCGCCAGGACUUUUUGCCGUGGAAGUCUCUAGCCAGUGUGGUUCAGUUCUAUUACAUGUGGAAGACCACGGACCGCUACAUACAGCAGAAACGACUAAAGGCAGCAGAAGCGGACAGCAAACUGAAGCAGGUUUACAUCCCAACCUACACCAAGCCCAACCCAAACCAGAUCAUGGCCCCCGGGAGCAAGCCUGGCAUGAACGGGGCCGCGGGCUUCCAGAAGGGUCUGAGCUGCGAGAGCUGCCACACCGUCCAGUCCCCGCAGUGGUACGCCUGGGGCCCGCCCAACAUGCAGUGCCGGCUGUGUGCCUCGUGCUGGAUCUACUGGAAGAAGUACGGAGGCCUCAAGACCCCCACGCAGCUAGAGGGCGCUGCGAGAGCCAGCACGGACUCGGCCCCCCGGGGUCACAUGACUCGUCAGGAGGUGCAGGGCAUGUCCCCGUUCACCAGCAGCGCGGGGCGGGCGAAGCUGCUGGCCAAAAACCGGCAGACCUUCAUCCUGCAGACCACCAAGCUGACGCGCAUCGCCCGGCGCGUGUGCCAGGACAUCCUGCAGCCCCGCCGCGCCGCCCGCCGGCCCUACGCCUCCAUCAACGCCAACGCCGUCAAGGCCGAGUGUAUGAUCAGGCUCCCCAAGGCAUCAAAGGCUCCCAUAAAGAACCGGCCCGUCCCACGACCGUCCUUGGUCACCAUCGUCAAGGAACUAGCCCUCCAGGCUCCUCUGAAGCUGAAAGCUCCGCGGGGAACCCCGACCCCCAUCAACCGUAACCAGGCCAACCAGCCUCGGGCAGCCUCUAACCUCCUGGGCAAGAGGCCCUUUGAUAGUGUGAGCGGGGUCCCGUUCUCCACCAAUGGCAGGCCGUUCACCUCGGGCAUCCGGACGACCUCCCAGUCCGUGAUCAAGCGGCAGAAGGUCAAUCCUGGAGACGCCCCAAACCCAGUGGUGUUUGUGGCCACCAAAGACACCAGAGCCCUGAGGAAACACCUCUCCCAGGCGGAAAUGAGACGCGCCGCCCGAAAACCGCACCUGCCCGUGCGGGUGAAGCUGCCCCUGCCCCCGCGGGUUCUGCCCACGCCCAUCCUGCCCUCCAGCACCAGCGAGCCCAUCGUACUGGAGGACUGAGGCCUGCAGGCUGUCCCCCCGGCAGGGAGGGGGGAGUGCUGUAGCAUCUGGCAGGACGCAAAAAAACGCCAUAUUUGUAGUUUUUUCUCCUUUUUUGUAGUUUUUUUUUUUUUUUUUCCCCUUUGUUGUGUUACUUCCCCAAACAACCCAGUACACUCACACACACACACACACACACACACACACAAAGCUUCGCUGUGUUUUUAUAAUCUGGCUUGCUAUUAAGGACCUUUUCGGUUUAAUUCCCUUCCUUGCCUUUUUUUAAUGACAAUUUUUAAAAUGUAUAAUUUAAAGCAAAUAAUAAUGCUCGUCCUGAAAUAAUAUUGAAAAAAAGCACACUUUAUUUUUUCCUCCAGGUCUCUCUAAUUUUCCUUUUGUAAAUAUUUUCGACAAUUGAGAUGGGGUGUUUUUU